AGGAGGCGUGACCGGAGGCCGAGACGGAGGCCUCGCCCCGGUGACCCAGAGUCGUCUCCCGAACUGACCCUGGGUCGGUAGCCCUGUAGCUGGACGGAGCGCGGAGCUGAAAGGCCGCGUAACCAUAGCAAAACCCGGAGCUCCUCCAGGCUCCACUGAGCGGAACACUCUUUUGCCAGAAGGCGAAGGAAGAAUUCGGAAGUGACGUCGCGGCCACAACAAGCCGGAGCCUGCCCUGGCUCCGUGGCCGCAGAUGGAAAGGCCCGACUUGCUGUCUGCCGUCCAAGGCGGUCGCGAGGCCCUGCGCGCACCCCCGCGCGGCCUCCCGCCCCUGUCCCCGGCGGCGUCCGCUCGCCGCGGAUGAGCGAGCGUUUCCCCCCCAGGACUCUCGGAGCGCAGCUGGCCGCGGCGGCGGAGCGGACGUCCUCUCCCGCGGGUGUGCCCUGCAGCGAGUUCCUGGCCCAGGACGCCCGCCGCCUGUUUUCCUGCCUCUGGAAAUUGUAUGUGUUGCAGUCUUUUAUGUGUAGGAACAUUUGUAGAUUUUUUAAAAAUCCAAAUUUCCAGAAUACACUGGAUAUCACUCAUCAUGAAGAAAUGUUUUAACUAGUGAAACUACAGUUGGAAUCAUGGCCACAUCAGCAAAUCUGGAUGUUGGAGCACAGCUGAUAGUGGAAGAGUGUCCCAGCAGUUACACUCUCCCGAGCAUGCCAGACAUUAAGCUAGAGCACCCACUGGACCCAAGCUCAGAGGAGGGGUCCGCUCAGGGUGUUGCCAUGGGAAUGAAAUUCAUUUUGCCAAACCGAUUUGAUAUGAAUGUGUGUUCCCGAUUUGUGAAGUCCUUAAAUGAAGAGGAUAGUAAAAAUAUUCAAGAUCAAGUUAAUUCUGACCUGGAAGUGGCAUCUGUCCUAUUUAAAGCCGAAUGCAAUAUCCACACAUCUGCUUCUCCGGGAAUUCAAGUAAGGCACGUUUACACUCCCUCGACAACGAAGCAUUUCUCACCCAUAAAACAGUCAACCACGUUAACCAACAAACACAGAGGAAAUGAGGUCUCGACCACACCUUUGUUAGCACAUUCUUUGUCUGUUCACCAGUUGGCAGCUCAGGGAGAGAUGCUCUAUUUGGCUACUCGUAUCGAACAAGAAAAUGUUAUCAAUCACACGGAUGAAGAAGGAUUUACCCCUCUGAUGUGGGCUGCAGCACACGGGCAAAUAGCUGUGGUAGAGUUUCUACUUCAGAAUGGUGCUGACCCCCAACUUUUAGGAAAAGGUCGAGAAAGCGCGCUGUCGCUGGCCUCCAGCAAGGGCUACACAGACAUUGUCAAGAUGCUGCUUGACUGUGGAGUUGAUGUCAAUGAGUAUGACUGGAAUGGAGGGACACCUCUGCUGUACGCUGUCCAUGGAAAUCAUGUGAAGUGCGUAAAGAUGCUCUUAGAAAAUGGAGCUGACCCGACAAUUGAAACUGACUCUGGAUAUAAUUCUAUGGAUUUAGCUGUAGCCCUGGGCUAUAGAAGUGUCCAACAGGUUAUUGAGUCCCAUUUGUUGAAGCUGCUUCAGAAUAUCAAGGAGUGACACAGCCCUCAGAGAGUCUUCUGCCCUUCCGUUUACUUCUUGGUCCUUAUAAAUGAUAGUUUUGUUUACUUAUAAAUUUUUACCUCAGUUGCAAUAUUUACUGAUUUUUAGUAAAUUUUAAUAAAUAUUCCUUGAGUAACUCACUGGUUUAUAAUAAAAUUAAUGUUGAUGCUUUUUUUAUAAAUGUGUAAACUGUAUAUUUAAAAUUAUAAAUUAAUGUUUCAUGGCAUGUACAUUUUUAUGGUACAGAUGGUUAUAUGUCUUUGUAUCAAGUGUUGUAAUUUGACAUUUGCAGAAAUUCUUCUUCCCUCUUCAUCUUUAUUCUUGUUUUAACUCAUUGACUUUACAUAAAGUUUGGGGGGAAAGCUUGUUGUUGUUGAAUUAAAAAGUGCACAGUGUGAUUGUUUACGAGAUGAUAUUAAGUAAAUAAGUACUUUUUCUGUCAGUUUACAUGCCAGUCUUAAGAUUAUAGAUUAUAUAAGAUUUUUUAGAACUUUUAGUUUAAUCCAACUGUCCAGCUAGGACACUUCAUUAUAUUAAACAGUAUAAUUGAAAUAAAUUAAAUAUAACUAAAUCAAUGAA